AUGGACACAGCCGAGAAAGCCCGACUCCCGGGUGUGUUCCCGUUCCCAUUUUGUGUCCCAUCAUCAUCACCAUCGUCGGUGUUCCCGUCGCUGCCGAUGUUCCCGCCAGGAUUCCAACAAUUGUAUGCAAAUUUAGUACAGCAACAGUUUUUACAACUAGCUCAACAGCAACAGAGCCCUGGCAUACGAGCAGGUAAGGAUAAGUUUACCACAACCUUUACCCUAGGGUAA